AUGGCUCCCGUAACGCUAAAGAAAGUUGAUGAGGACAUCAAAGAUGUGAUCCAACAUCUCUUCGAAAUCCAAUCCGCCGUCCACGGCUACAUAGGCCCAGAAACACAACAAGAGCUUGUAAGAAAGAUCAAAACCCUCACUCUCGCCCUCAAAACCCUCUCAACAGACACUCAACUCCCCAACCAAGAAACCGAAGCUCUCGACCCAAACUCAGACCCAUCAAAUCCGACUCUAGCCAGUGUUCAACUUCCACCCGAGAUCAUCGACUACGUUGACUCCGCGCGCAACCCCGAUAUCUACACACGUGAGUUCGUGGAGCUGGUACAGCGCGGCAAUCAAGAUCUCAAGGGCAAGCGCGAGGCCUUCGCCGACUUCCGUGAUGUGUUGGCUCGUGAGAUGCGCAGCGCUAUGCCUGAGUGUCGUGAGGAGAUCUACAACGUCAGUGAUGUUGUAAUCUAUUACUAG